AUGGCUCGGGAUGAGGCAGCCGCCAGCUUGUCCGAUAUGUCGGGCGCCAAUGUCUCACAGGGGCGAAGCGCCGCUGGAGCUGGCGCGGACGAAAACUCGACCAGGUGUGCACAUUCUGCCAUGCUCAUGCCAGAGAACAUUGGCAGGAACGCCCACGGUCUUUUCUCGGCAGACUCGGCUGCCUAA